AUGCGCCUGGCAAAUCGAAAAUUCUACAGCUUACGUGUUACUUGCAAGACUAACGCAUUCAGUUUAAUCAUGCCAAAAGAAAGCCUUAAAGACAAACUUGAAGGAAAUGAGCUGGAUCUUAGUCUGAGCAAUUUAGAAGUGGUCCCAGUAAAAGAACUGGCAUCCAUUCCUAAAGCAACACAACUUGACCUCUCUUGCAAUCUGUUGAGUUCUUUACCAGACAGUUUCUGCUCAUUGGUGCACCUGGUAAAGAUUGACUUGAGCAAGAACAGACUCACUGAAUUGCCAAGGGACUUUGGGCAGUUGGAAAACUUGCAGCAUUUGGAUCUGUUGGGAAAUCAACUGGUAUCAUUGCCAGAAUCAUUCCAUCGCCUGCAAAAGCUCAAAUGGCUGGAUCUGAAGGACAACCCUUUGGAGCCUCAGCUGAAAAAAAAUGCUGGUGAUUGCUUGGAUGAGAAGCAAUGCAGAAUUUGUGCUCAGAGGAUUCUUCUUUUCAUGAAGGAUCUUAGUGAAGAGCUGGAAAAAAAGAGACAGAAAAAACUGCAGCAACAGAAAGAUAAAGAAGCAGAGAAAAAGGCACGUGAAGAAGCACUGGCGAGGAAGAAAAGAGAAGAGAAGAAAGCAGAAAAAGAGAGAAGGAAGCGUGAAGCUGAAGCUAAGAGAGUCGAAACAGCAAGAGAUACUGAAGAAAAAGUGAAAAAGAAUGACUCAACUCCUGAUGUUGCCAGUAAGAAAAUUCCAAAAGAUUCAAGGCCUGGCAGCAGUUCCUGUUGCACUGUUCUCCUCUCCAUCUUUAUGCUUCUAGUCGCCCUUGUGGUUGGUAUUGUAUUCCAUUGUAGAUCCAGCCUUCAGGAUCAGCUUUGUCUUCAGUAUUACAACCCAGUGGAGACGCAAGUGCUUGAGGCUGCAUAUGUCACUUUGCAGAGCACUGAAUCCCUGUACAAAACCACAGAGGAAAAAUCUACAGAGUGGUAUGAAGUGGCUGCUACCAAGUCGGUUGAAGGUUAUGAGCUGUUAUCAGCUUCAGCAAAGUCUGCCUUCAAAUCAGUGGUGGAAUUUUUCACAUCUAAUGAUGAGACAUCAAGCUAAUAGUGGCAUCUGACCAUAGUGAAACUGGUGGAGAUCAUACAUAGCUUGGAAGUUAAGAGAGAAUGUCAUGUUAUGUGUUCUCAUCUGCAGAAUGAUUGAAGUUAACAUUGAAUGAAACAAUAUACUCACUAAUUUCAUGCAGCAACAUUGUAUUUUUAAUCUUUUUAUAUGAUUUCAAUGUUUGCAUGUAACAACAUUUGUACAUGAAAUUUAAUUCCCAGGAACAACGAGAGGUAAUUCUCACAGUUAACAAUAGUUAUGAAAGCAUUUCAUCUUCAUUUCUGGAAUGGAGAAGACAAUAGUCAUACUCAGGGUCCAGCGUGUCAGUAUAGUAUGAUGUCUUCUCUUUAUAUCUGUAUAAAUAUCUACAAUAAAGAGUUCACAAAGAUAUUUCUAUGAUUCUGAAUUGAUAAAAGCAUGCUUUAAAUGUUCUGAUUAACAUUUCAGUUGUUCGUAAUCUUUAGUCAGUUUUGCAGCUUUAUGCUUUUUAAAAAUGGAAGGACUUGUUUGCUUGUUUUGAAGCUUAUUUCUUAUUUACUGUUUAUCCUUAGUAAAUAAGAAUGAGUUAGUUGCAUUGGAGUCUUACCACAAAGGCUUGUGGGGAAAUGCUAGCUUACCAAGUCAUCAGCUGCAUAUGGAAAUAACAUGUGAAAGAUCUUUGAUCUUAAGGUCAAAUUUACUGUCAUAUUUCAACGACUGUGAUUUCUUCCAUGAUUUCUAAGUUUACUGUGCCCAUACAAUGCUGUGUGAUGCUUUUCUUAACUUUUUCAUUAGACACUUGCUUAUUACCACCAUCAGACAAAUUACAUAUCCUAUGCUGCUUACAUUUGAAGAUAGCAGUGGUUGUUGCAAAGGCUUUGUGCAGAUAUUGGGACUUGGGCACUGGACAUGCAGAAGUAGUUAAAUUUCAUCCCAGGAUUUUCUUUCUUGUCAGUUGGGGAGCAAGUUGUUAAAGACCUCACUUUUCUUGGGGCCAGCUUUACUUGAGGGCAAUGCCCAUCUUCUCUCCCUGCUACCCUACCUUCCCCAACCCUCUGUGGAGUUACACAGGCGUCGAACUAGCACUCAGUUCAGACACCACUCAAGUUAUCUACUGUACCAUACAACCUUUGCUAAAACACACUGACUAUAAAUUAAUUUUCUAGAAAAUGACAUGGCCUGUAUUUUAAGGUGGUGCUUAAUAUGACGGAUCUUCAACUUCCAGUUUUGUGCAAUCAGAUGUUAUAUCCAGAAAAUAAUAAACUAGCCUUAAUUUUUAAGA